AUCUGAGGAGCCUUUUCUGGGAUCUCAGGCCGGGAGUGCUGGAUGUGACCCGUGUGGGUGCAGGGCCGUGGCUGGGAGGUGACAGCACCCACAGGGUGCUGCCCCAGCCACAGGGUGUGUGUUGGGAGCAGUGCUGAUGUUUGGGGCCCUGCCCCAGCGCUGGCACAGCCUGUCUGGGGGUGGGUUUGGUCUGGUUUGCAGUGGAGUGGCUGUGCUGGAACAGGAGGCAGCUCCUGGGCUGGUCCCACGGAUACUGUGCCCGGAGAACCCCAGGGCUCUGCAGCAAGGGGCUCCUGGGCUUUCUGGGGUCAGGCAGGCAGUGUGUCAGCACGGGGGCUUGGAUUUCUUGCUGCUCUGAUGGUUUCCCCCCGAUCUGAGGUGUUGGCUGCAUUCCCUGGGGCAGCACUGGGGCUGUGUUUGUGCUGUGCUGCCCUUGCAGGGUGUGACUCUGACCUGGGGACCCCGAGGCUGUCGGACCCCCCAGCUCUGUUCCCCUUUGUGUUCCCAUCAGCUCUGACCGAGCGUGGCUGCUGUGCCCGAUCAGUUCCCUUUGUAGGGCAGGAGCCACCCUGAAUAAACAUCACCCAGGGCUCUGCUCCUUCCCUGACAUGCUCCAGACCUGCAGGUAGCAGGGGGUUGUCCAGCACGGGGGUUGUGCUGGCUUUGGGGGACGUCCCUGGCACCGACUCUGUGGUUGCACCCCGGGAACGGAGGCCUGGGUGGGAGAAGCGGGAGUGUCUGGAGGGAUGCCAGCCGUGGAGAUGGAGGAAAGUUAUCUUGAGAUUCCCGGGAGGCUGUGACAUGCCACGUGGACUGCAGAUCCUGGGAUGGGGCACGCAGGCAGCACGCUACAAGGAAGUAGGGUGGAGGGAGGUUGGGUGUGUGGAUGUUCCUCCCUGGGGUGUAGCACUGCCUGAAUCCCAGGUCUCCAGCCCUGCAGCAGGGUCAGAUCUGAUCUGCAGCCCGUCUCCAUCACCAUUGAUAAGGAAAUGCACGUUGAGAGGCUGCAGGACCUUGGCAGGAAGGGCGGAGGAGGGUUUGGAUGGCUUUCCUGGCUCAUAAACCCAUCCUGCUACUUAGUGAGUGCCCUUACUAGUGAGCUGGUGAAAUCAAACAAGCCAACCUGAGCUGCCCCUGCUGCCACCACCCUGACCUGCUCCUCUUGCCAUGUGCUGGCCCUGUGGCCAUGUGCUGGCUGAGCUCUGGGCUCUCCCACAGCUUGGUCUGGGGAGGGAGAGUCACUUCAGAGCCAUCAGAUGGAUGGGAUAAGCUGAUGUGCUGCCAGAUAGGGCAGCGAAGUGUGUACUCUCUGUGUAUAUUCACUUAGCAGCCAGAUUUCAGACAUGAUAAGGCAGCAGCUUAGGAGAGAAACUGAAGGACAAGCAGGAGGGGACAUGGUCACUGGGACAGUGGGAGAUGGAGUCUGGGUCUGGGCCUUUUAUUUGGGUAUUUAUGGAAGAUGUUGAGAGCACUAGGGUGGUGGGAGAUGGAGUCUGGGUCUGGGCCUUUUAUUUAGGUAUUUGUGGAAGAUGCUGUUGAGAGCCCUGGGGGAUUUACUCAGCAUCCUUGGGCCCCUUAUUCACCAUCCCCUCCCUGAGGAGCCAGUCCCAGCUCACAGCUCCAGCUGUAUCCUGUGCACUGAACCCAGCAGGGACCCCACAGGACAACCCUCUCCCUAACACCUCUGGGUUUCUCUCCCCAGAACCUCCCUCCAGCACUGCCUUUCAGCAUGAUGGACCCAAGAACACCAGCGAGGAUUCUCCAGCCACGUAGCUGCUGACCCAGGGGUGCUGCCGGGCACCGCUGCCAAUGCAGAGCUCAGGGCAGAGCAGGGCAGAGCCGCCGCUCCGCUCGCCCAUGGCAGCCCCUUCCCGCCGCGCCCCGGCCCGGCUGCAUGGUGUGGGUGCCCCUGAGCCCCACGAGCAGUGACCGCCGGGCCCCGCUGCGCGCUCCCAGCACCACCACCAUGUCUUUGGAGUGGCUGACGGACUGGAGCUGGUCCCUGGACGGACUCCGGGAUUUCAUCGCCACAGGCAUCCAGUCUUUCCGCGACUGCGACGCCACGGCCCUGGUGGCCGUCGCCUGCCUGCUGGUCCUCUUCGUGUGGUACUGCUACCACGUGGGGCGGGAGCAGCCCCGCGCCUACGCCACGGUGAACGCGCUGAUGCAGAGCGCCGAGGCCAACGGGGUGCAGAAUGGCUUCGUGUACUGCCAGUCGCCCGAGUGCGUGCGCUGCUCGCACCACGACGGCCUCAACCAGAAACUCUACCACAACCUGCAGGAGUACGCCAAGCGCUACUCCUGGUCCGGCAUGGGCAGGAUCCACAAGGGCAUCCGUGAGCAGGGCCGCUACCUCAACAGCCGGCCCUCCAUCCAGAAGCCAGAAGUAUUCUUCCUGCCCGACUUGCCCACCACGCCCUACUUCUCGCGGGACGCUCAAAAGCACGACGUGGAGUUGCUGGAGCGCAACUUCCAGACCAUCCUGUGCGAGUUUGAGACGCUGUACAAGGCGUUCUCAAACUGCAGCCUCCCGCAAGGAUGGAAAAUGAACAGCACGCCCAGCGGGGAGUGGUUCACCUUCUACCUGGUGAACCAGGGCAUGUGCGUGCCCAGGAACUGCCGGAGAUGCCCACGGACGUACCGCUUGCUCGGGAGCCUCCGCACCUGCAUUGGCAACAAUGUCUUUGGGAACGCCUGCAUCUCUGUGCUGAGCCCGGGCACUGUCAUCGCCGAGCACUACGGGCCCACCAACAUCCGCAUCCGCUGCCACCUCGGUCUGAAGACACCCAGCAACUGCGAGCUGGUGGUGGGGGGCGAGCCCCAGUGCUGGGCUGAGGGCCGGUGCCUGCUCUUCGAUGACUCCUUCCUGCACACGGCGUUCCACGAAGGUGCCCCGGAGGAAGGUCCCCGCGUGGUGUUCAUGGUGGACCUGUGGCACCCCAACGUGGCGGCGGCCGAGCGCCAAGCCCUCGACUUCAUCUUCGCGCCGGGACGAUGACGGCGCUGCCCGGCCUGGUGGGUUCAGGGCAGCUCUGCCGGGGCCCUCUCCCGGCUCACGGCCUCGGUGCUCCCUCCUGGGGGUGUUGUAAAUGGAAACUGUGACGUGUAUCCGCGCCCAUCCUCUUCCUCCAUCGUUGGCUUCAGGGAUUCUUUUGCAAGCGCCGGCGCCUCGGCCCCGCCGGGGCUCGCUGCCCCCCCUGCUCCGUCGUGUUCUGUUGCUAACUGUGUUUUGCGGUGUUCAGAAGUAGAGUAACAAACCCAAGGGUGCUCGUUUGAAUGUAAUGUAAAAAUUUUCCUCGUGGUCAUCAAAGGAACAACACACACCCACACCAUAACAGCCAACCAGCCUGCCCUGCCCGGGAUGGAUGGACUGAUGGACACUGGGGGCUGCCAUGGGCACUGUGCUCCCCCCAGGUUGGGUGUGAUGGGCUGGGCAGGGCACAGCUCUGCUCACAGAGAACCCUCCUGGGGCUCCUGCUUCCUCCUCCAUGUGCCAGCUGGGGCUCCCCAGCCCUCCUGCCCUCAGAAAUCCCUUUUGUCACCCAGGCAGGGAGCAGAGUCCAUUGCCAGCCCAGCAAGGCAGGAGCCCUGACCUCCACCCUGCUGAGGGAACAGCACACACAGUCGUGCUCUUCAGUCUGACCAAGGGUGUUUGCAAUUGCCCAAAUCCCUUCCUUGCUCUAUCUGCAACCCUCAGUUUUCCCAGCUCCCAGCUGGGAGGCCCUGCAGGGGCAGGGAUGCUGUUUGGAAACAGAGAAUGGGGGUUUUGUCUGUCUGUAGGAAGAAAGGAGGUCACCAUUCCUUCUGCUGCUCCAUCUUCUCCUUUCCUCAAGCCAGGGCAGGCACACACAGUGGCAGCUCCCAUGGACCUGACACCACAGGACAGAUUCCCAAGGGGGGGUUAAUUCUGCAGCCUGAGCAAUGAGGUCCUGCCCACCCAGGGACCACCACGCUUUUCCUGAAGUCCCCCUGUCUGUUUUGGGGUCUGGGGGCUGGUUUAUAACACCCCCCCAAAGCACAGUGUGUGGUGGAUGCUCACAGCUCUGCCUGGGGACCCUCUGCCUCUGUGCCCUGCCCGGGAGGGACCAGCCCUGUCCCCCAACAACUUCUUUACAGACUUUUCAGUGAGUCAAUUGCAAGAGGAGGCAGAGAUUUCAAAUACAUCUGAGAUAUUUUUUACACCCGUCUUGUUACAGACUACCUGAAGUGCAUGAUUUCUACACGCAUUGGCUACCUGGACACAGGCCCUGGGGAAGCAGGCUGGCUCUGUCCAAAGGUUGGUAACAUUCAUACAGUGGAUAAGCAAAGAUUAUCAAUAAACAGUUGUGCUGAAAACAGAA